AUUUACAAUCGAUAUCCUGCUGGGCCUUGCAUCUUCGCCACAUGGGGUCUGACCCCCCAUGCGUGCGAUGGAGGACACCGCGCCACCAGUGAAGGGAUCCAUCGCAGCUCUCCCGCCAACCACCAUCAAGCUCAUCGGAUCAACUCAAGUUCUAUCUGACCCUAGCUCUGUAGUUAAAGAGCUCAUUGACAAUGCACUCGACGCUCGUGCCUCGUCCAUUGUAGUGGAGAUAUCGUCGAAUACACUUGACGUCAUCCAAGUCCGCGACAACGGCCAUGGAAUCGCCCCAGAGGAUCGUCCUAUGGCUGCACGCCGCUAUUCUACGAGCAAGAUUCGCGAAUUUGAUGACCUGAAGGACGUAGGAGGUCGCUGGCUUGGCUUCCGGGGAGAGGCAUUAGCGAGUAUAGCUGAGAUGAGCGGGUCGCUUUCCAUCAUCACACGUGUUGAAGGAGAAGCUGUUGCUGUGCUUUUGAAGAUAGCUAGGAAUGGCGAGAUUGACGGACAGGACCGAGCCUCUCAUCCAAUGGGAACCACAGUCCGUGUCACAGACUUCUUCAAGUCGCUUCCAGUUCGCAAACAGGCCGCACUGAAGCAUUCUUCAAAAUACCUCGCCAAAGUCAAGAAGUUGAUGCAAGGGUACGCACUAUGCAGGCCUAAAACGAGGUUUUCUCUUCGAGUACUCAAAGCAGCCAAUGAAAAAAUCAAUUGGAUGUAUGCACCAAAACCGGAUGCCAAUCUUGAGGACGCAGCUUUCAAAGUGAUUGGUAGAGAGUGUGCUUCUCAAUGCGAAUGGACCAUCAUGGAAUCAGACGGCUUCGAGAUCCAGGCAUUUUUGCCUAAACCGACGGCUGAGGCCUCGAAGGUCAGAAAUGUUGGCCAUUUCAUUUCAGUCGACUCGAGGCCCGUUUCUGCACUACGCGGCGUUCUGAAGCAACUAGUGGUAUUGUUCAAAGAAAAGAUUGCCAAGUCCAGCGUUGGUCUCACUGGAGUGAGAGAUCCUUUUAUUUUCAUGAAUAUCGUCUGUCCCCCAGAUAGCUACGACGCAAACAUCGAGCCAGCAAAAGACGAUGUGCUGUUCGAGAACAGUGACAUGGUCGUCAGCGCACGCAUUCACAAUCUUCGAGGAUGAAAGCGAGGUCGAGGAGCCUGCCAUUAAGCGGAGGCGAACCUGGAGAAACAACAUGUAUGGCAUUGACCAAGAAGACUUGGAUCUACUCGUCGAAAGUGCCUCAGAUCUAGAUGACGAAAACGAUGAAGAUGAUAUCACAGAACGUCGCAAAGUCUCGG